CAAGUCACGCAUGCGCGCAGGACUCGGUCCCACUCUGUGAUGUCACCUCCGGAAGCGUCUCCCUGCCUUGAGUUCCGCCGUCAUCCCGGUACCGGUGCCGCCGCCGGCCAUGAGCAAGCGGAAGGCGCCGCAGGAGAGCCCCAAUGAGGGCAUCACCGACUUCCUCACGGAACUGGCCAACUACGAGCGCAACGUGAACCGGGCCAUCCACAAGUACAACGCGUACAGGAAGGCGGCCUCGGUCAUCUCCCGGUACCCCGGCAAGAUCCAGAGCGGGGCCGAAGCCAAGAAGCUGGAUGGAGUAGGUGCUAAAAUAGCUGAGAAGAUAGAUGAGUUCCUAUCCACGGGGAAGCUGCGCAAGCUGGAAAAGAUUCGACAAGAUGAUACAAGCUCAUCUAUCAGUCUCCUGACACGAGUUACUGGCAUUGGUCCUGCUGCUGCCAGGAAGUUUGUUGAGGAAGGGAUUAAGACUUUAGAAGAUCUCAGGAAAAAUGAGCACAAGCUGACCCAUCACCAGCGAAUUGGGCUGAAAUACUUUGAAGAUUUUGAGAAAAGAAUCCCAAGAGAAGAAAUGCUGCAAAUGCAGGAGAUUGUGCUGAAAGAGGUAAAGAAGCUGGACCCAAACUAUAUUGCUACAGUCUGUGGCAGUUUUAGACGAGGUGCAGAGUCAAGUGGUGAUAUGGAUGUUCUCCUGACCCACCCGAGUUUCACAUCUGAAUCAUCCAAACAGUCGAAACUUCUGCAUCAAGUUGUAGAACAACUGGAGAAAGUCCACUUUGUGACAGAUGUGCUGUCUAAGGGAGACACAAAGUUCAUGGGUGUCUGUCAGCUGCCAGACAAAGAAGAUGGAACAGCCUAUCCACACAGGAGAAUUGAUAUCCGGCUUAUCCCCAAAGAUCAGUAUUACUGUGGUGUACUGUACUUCACAGGAAGUGAUAUAUUCAAUAAGAACAUGAGAACUCAUGCUCUGGAAAUGGGCUUCACCAUCAAUGAGUAUACAAUCCGUCGCUUGGGUGUCACUGGAGUUGCUGGGGAGGCCCUACCAGUCGAAAGUGAAGAAGACAUCUUUGAUUAUAUCCAGUGGAAGUACCGAGAGCCAAAGGAUCGGAGUGAAUAACUGCUUGUUUAGGUUUGUAAUGUGGGCAGAUGUUUUCAUAACUAAACUGUCUAAGGUAGGCUUACUGUUUAGCAGCAACAGUCCUGCUUCUGAAGACAGACUGCAACUCUCCUGGUGAUUAAACAGCCUUCUGGUUAAGAUAUCGGCAUCUUGAACUGUAGGCAUGUCCUUGCUCAGAACUGUGUAUUGGUAUGCUAGGUCUUCCUUCCAAGCUGUUUCUAACUUUCUGUAUCUUGUGUGGUAGACACCAGAAUGAGAAUCCUGAAGUACUUCUAAAGAAUACCAUUUCCAGCUACUGUCUGUAUCUCCUUAUAUUUGCAUUAAGUGUCCUGAUGUGGUGCUGAAUGAAGCUCAUGUUAAGCUGUUUCCACAUCCGUCCUUCAAAAACCUUUUCAGUAUGGCCAUAUCCUAAUGUGACCAUUCUCCUGUCACAUAUGACCCCUAUUCUUUGUUCCUAUGUUGUAGUACUAUUAGUUGCAGUGAUGUGUGUUUUGUUUGCCAUUACCCAGAAGACUGGUCUGAGUAAUUGAGGCAUUUCUACCACUCACACAGAGUCGAUUUGCCUUCUUUUUUAUGCACACCAGUCAGCUCUGAUUUUCACAGCCCCUCUUAAAGCACUGUGAAAGGUAAUGAUUAUUUUGGAUGUGAGAGGAGGGCUCAUUAAGAUUGCAUUACUAGUUGUAUCUGGGACUAGGAUUCUGUUGGUUAACUUAAAGAACUUAAUAUUAAGUAAAACUUAAUAAAAGUAAGUUUUAAGUAGCAAACUACUACUUUGAUGUAUUACAAAGUAUCAACAUGGAAUGUAUUGCUGCUAUUGUGUUUGAAUACCUUGUAGGGAUAUAAGACUAAUGUAUUACAGAAUUGCAAGCCUGAAAAGGCAAGACUUUUCUACAUAGCCAAACUGAGUAUUGCUAAUUAUAUGUAAUACUUCUUGAUUCUUUAAUGAUUAGGUUUGCUAUCUGCCUUUAUAUGGGGGCAGAGAGGAGUUUGCAUCUGUAUUGUCAGACUACAUAACCUGACCUGAAUCAUGAAACAUACAGAUUUAAUACCUCUUCUUAUUUUUAUCUGACUUAAGCCCACAGAACAACUAUUACUUGUUCUUAUAUAGUUAGUGUUGAACAGUCUUAGUAAUGGAGAUUAUAUCCUGAUGGUCUUUCUUAUCCCUUUAUUUUCUUCUCUUUUUCCUAUGGGGAAUUCAAUUAUUUUCAGGGAAAAAGGCAUGUAGUGGUGUGUAUGGUGACCAGCAGGUAACGCGGUAUCAUGUGAAGUCUUCUGAUGCCUCAUGAUGAAAGUAGAUGUAGCUGUGAUGUAUUCCAUGUUUUCUUCAGUAACUGGUGGGAAUAAACAAAAUGAUAAUUCCAUCACGAA